AUGUCUAAUAACAUCGAAAUUAAAGUCACUGAAAAUUCAGACGAACGGGUUAAUUGGAUUGAAGAUGCUAUUUUAAAAAAUUACUUUAAAUAUUACGAAUACAACCAUUUCAGAAAUAUCCAAGAAAUUGGUUUCGGGAAUUUUAAAAAAGUUUAUCGUGCAAACUGGAAAGAUUCUCGUAAUCCUUUAACGUUAAAAUCUUUUUCUAAUAUCAAUAAUGUCACAACCAAAGAAAUCGUUAAUGAACUUAAACGUCAAUAUGAAAUGGAUUUCCAUGAAAAUAUUAUUCGCUUUUGUGGUAUUACUAUAAUAGAAAACCAAGAUGAUGAUUCAAAAAAUUAUUUGUUAGUAAUGGAAUAUGCCGAUAAUGGUACACUUCGAAACUAUUUAAAAGAACAUUUUGAUAGUUUAAAUUGGGACAAUAAGUUAAAUAUUGCACUUCAAUUAGCUCGUGCCGUAUCAUAUUUACAUGAAAAAGAAAUUGUGCAUCAUAAUUUGCACUCGAACAAUGUAUUAGUUCAUCAAGGGAUUAUCAAAUUAACAGAUUUUGGAUUAUCAAAAAGAAUUAAAGAAUCAUCCAAUCUUCAAUCAAAUUUCUUUGACAUGGUUGCUUAUAUUGAUCCAAAAUUAUUCGAACAAAAAAGAAUCAAUAAUCACCAAGCAUCAUUAUACUUAUUAAACAAAAAGAGUAAUAUUUAUAGCAUUGGUGUACUCUUGUGGGAAAUAUCUAGUGGUCAGUCACCUUUUUGCAAUGAACCAUCUGAUACAUGUUUGGAUUUGAAAAUUUUACAUGGUCUUAGAGAAAAACCCGUCGCUAAUACUCCUAUAGAUUAUGCAAAAAUUUAUAUUGAUUGUUGGAAUCAUGAACCAGACAAUCGUCCGAUUAUUAGUGAAGUUAUUGCUAAAUUAAAUGUAAUAAUUUUAAAUAAAUUGUCAAGUAAACAACCUUCAUUACAUGAAGAAUUAUUUCAACUUAUUCAAAAAUUUAAUAAAAUAAGUAUAAAAGAAAUAGAACCAUCAAUGUCAUUGAAUGAGAAUGAUUUUCAAAUAGUGGUUGAUGAUUUAGUUAUUCUUCUUGAUAAUGUAGAACAAGAAAGUGGAAAGGAAGAAGUUCUUGAUUACCUUAGUGAUCAUGACAUUACUCCACAACAAAUUUAUAAUUGGUUGUUAUAUAAUCAGACUAAUUCAAAUUCUGUUGUUUUACUAGGAGAUUUUCUUAGUUUAGGAAUUGAAGUAAAUGUUGAUAAACAAAAGGCAUUUGAGAUAUAUCAAAAGGCUGCAAAUUUAGGAAAUGCAUUUGGAAUUAGUAGUUUAGCAAGUUGUUAUGAAGUUGGAGCUGGAACUUAUGUUGAUAAACAAAAAGCAUUUGAAUUAUAUCAAAAAGCUGGAAAUUUUGGUAUUUUAAGUGGAAUAAAUAACUUGGCAUAUUGUUAUGAAGUCGGAAAUGGAACUAGUGUUAAUAAACAAAAGGCAUUUGAAUUAUAUCAAAAAGCUGCAAAUUUAGGUUAUAAAAUAGCUCAAUAUAAUCUUGCUUUUAUGUAUGAAAAUGGAGAUGGAGUUGUAGAAGAUAUAAACCAAGCAAUUUAUUGGUAUAAAAAAUGUGCAGAACAAGGAGAUUAUGAUGCUCAAUUUAAGUUAGAAGAACUAUUAGAAUAA